AUGGUGAAGAAGAAGAAAGGCAACAGCUUUAAGCUAUUGAGUUUGUUCCUGUUUCUGGGCUUAUGCGUUGGAGACGGCGGCAUUGGAAUCGGAAUCGGCGACGACGGAAUUUGGAUCGGCGGCGGGGGCGGAGGCGGCGGAGGAAACCCUAAUUCUGGUCCCGGCUCAGCUCCAAAGCAACAGACAAAUGCAGCUUACACUGCUCUUCAGUCCUGGAAAUCCGCCAUUACAGAGGAUCCAUCUGGUGUUCUUAAGACAUGGGUUGGUGAAGAUGUCUGUUCUUACAACGGUGUCUUCUGCUCUGGUUCCUCUGUAACCGCCAUAGAUCUAAACAAAGCAAAUCUCAGAGGCACCAUUGUCAAGGAGCUCUCUCUUCUCUCGGAUUUAAACAUUCUCCAUCUCAACAGCAACAGAUUCUAUGGUCAAAUCCCAGAUUCUUUCAAAACCUUAGAUUCUCUUCAAGAACUCGAUCUCAGCAACAACAGAUUCUCAGGCUCUUUCCCUCAAGUCACAGUCUUCAUCCCAAAUCUGGUUUACCUCGAUCUCCGGUUCAACAGCUUCACCGGCUCGAUUCCUGAGAAUCUCUUCAACAAGCAAUUAGACGCGAUUCUCCUCAACAACAACCAAUUCACCGGAGAAAUCCCUCGGAAUCUCGGGUACUCUUCCGCAUCGGUGAUUAAUCUCGCCAAUAACAAACUAUCCGGCGAAAUUCCGACGAGUUUCGGCAUAACCGGAUCGAAAUUGAAAGAGGUUCUGUUCUUGAAUAACCAGUUAACCGGUUGUAUACCGGAAUCGGUCGGUUUAUUCUCCGACAUUGAAGUCUUCGACGUCAGUUUCAAUUCCUUGAUGGGUCACGUCCCCGACACGAUCUCUUGCUUAUCGGAGAUCGAAGUUUUGAACCUCGCGCACAACAAAUUCUCCGGCGAUCUCCCAAAUUUGGUCUGCUCUUUGAGGAAUUUGAUAAAUCUCACUGUUGCUUACAAUUUCUUCUCCGGGUUUAGCUCAGACUGCUCGAGAGUCAGCGUCGGGUUUGAUUUCACCGGAAAUUGUAUUCCCGGCAAGGGUUAUCAGCGGCCGGAGCCGGAUUGCUCGGCGAUCCCCGGCAGCUCUUUGAGCUGUCUCAGGAUUCCGGCGCAGCCACUAACGUGCGCUGCGUUGAGCGUGGGAUUGAAGGUGACUCCAUGA